CGAAAUUAAACAAUUUUCGACCUUCAUCGAAUUGCGUGGAUUAGAAAAUACGUCGGUUGGCUUUCACGCAACAUAUAAUUUGACAUUCUUCCAAAUCCUAUACAAUUCUUUCACAGCGUUUUCCUAUAUAAACUCUCCGCACUCGCUAGCGAUUUACACCGAUACCAAGCAUUCAGUGGUAAAAUGAAGUAUUUAGCAGUUUUAGCUUUCGUCGCAUUAUUUUACGUUUGUAAUUGCGAGGGUGAGUGUUUCAAUGAGGAAACUAAAAAAUGUAUUAAAGAUAAACUUGACGAGUUGACUGCGGAACGAAAACAAGAAAUUAAAGAUAAAGCCGUAAAGUGUUGCAAUGACAAUAAAGAUGAUGAAAGACUUGGAUGCAUUAUAAAGCAGAUGAAAGAUAGUAACAUUUUGGACUGUAUCAACAAAGAGACGAAAAAGUGCUUAUUGAAAAAAAUCAAAAAUAGCGAAACGUUUAAGGACAUAGUGAACGAUUACAAAAAUACCGAUGAUUGCGAUGGUGUGGUCGAACAAAUAAUGAAAAAAAUGGAUGAUAAAUGUUCCAAUGACUCCGGUGACGAUAAAGAUUUCACAUUCGCAUGCGAAUGCAAAGAAAUGUUUUUCCAACAGUGAAAGUGAUACCGAAUCAUUGUUAAGUUUCUGUUUGAAAUUUGUAAUUAUAUAAAAUGUUUAUUAAAAUAUAAGGAGCAUUA